AUGACGCCGCCCACCGCCACCGAGACCGCCACGGGCGCCACCAACUUCACGCUGCAGGGCACGCCGGCGCCCGUGCCCGUUGAGGUGGAUCCGUCGAACCCGUCGAAGCCGGCGGCCAAGAAAGAGGUGCAGAAGGGCGCGCCCAAGUUUAAGUUCCCCAAGCCGCCCACCUACGAGUCGCUCGAGGCUGAGCGCGAGGGGCGCAAGGAGCGCCUGACCAAGGCCUUCCGCGUGUUUGGCAUGCUCGGCUUCGACGAGGGCGUGGCGGGCCACCUCACCUUCCGCGACCCCAUCCUCAAGGACCACUUCUGGGUCAACCCGUUCGGCGUGCCCUUCCGCUUCAUGACGGUCCAGGACCUGCUCCUCAUCGGCCCGACGGGCGACAUUGUCAUGGGCGGCCGCCCCGAGCGGAUGCUCUACAAUCAGGCCGCCUUUGCCAUCCACCACGCCAUCCACACCGCCCGGCCCGACCUCGACGCCGCGUGCCACUCGCACUCGAUGUACGGCAAGGCGUUUGCCACGCUCGGCCGCAACAUUGAAAUCACCACCCAGGACUCGUGCGCUUUUUACAACAGCUGCCAGCUCUACGAAAACUUUGGCGGCGUCGUGCUGGCCGACGAGGAGGGCAACAACAUCGCCAACGCCCUCGGCAAGACCAACAAGGCCCUCAUCCUGCAGAACCACGGCAUCCUCACCGCCGGCACCAGCAUCGAGGCCGCUGUCGGCUGGUUCAUCAUGCUCGAGAGGCACUGUCAGGUGAUGCUGCUCUCGGACGCCGCCGCCGCUGGCCGAGGCACCAAGCCCAUCGUCAUUGGCGACGACGAAGCCGCAUUUACGCACAAGCAGGUGGGCUCCGACGCGGCGGGUGCGUUCCAAGCCUCGCCCUACUUCCAGACAAUCGAGCAGCUCGACAAGGGCGCGUGGCUCCAGUAG